GCCAUCGACGCGACUCGGCACGCGCAGGCGGCGCUCAACAGCGACUUCUCGUUCGUGAUCUUCUCGUUCCUGUUCGUGUGGUUCUGGAUGUGGGUCCACGUCGGUUCCUUCGCCGUCGCGUCCUUCUCCAUGCUCCAGAUUUUGAUCUCGUUACCGUUAUCGAUGUUCAUAUACUCCGUGGUUUUUCAGAUCGGCUACUUCGGCGCGAUGCAGAUUCUGGUGGUGUUCAUCAUCCUCGGUAUUGGUGCGGAUGAUGUAUUUGUGUACAGCGACGCGUGGCUCCAAUCUGCGGAAGACGUAGAGAGGGAGUUUGGUGAGGCCCGCGGCUCUUACCUGGAGCGGCGGGUCGCCUACGCAUAUGCGCGGGCGUUGGAGGCGAUCUUCAACACGUCGUUUACGACGGCCGUCGCGUUCUUCGCGACGGCGACCUCGAAGAUCAUGCCGAUCAGUACCUUUGGUAUUUUUGCGGCGAUCUGCGUGCUGAUGAACUACGGCCUCGUCAUGAUCGCCACGCCGGCGGUUUGGGUGCUGUGCACGAAGCGCGAUCCGCCUACAAAUGACGACGAGGACGUGCUGCCCGAGUCGCGGACGGUCGGCUCGUCGCUCGAGGCCGGCGCCGAGCCCGAGGAGAAGAAGCGGUGCUGCAAGGCGCCGGCGUGCUGCGGCCGGCUCGUCGACGCGCGCCGCGGCCUCUUCGGCGGUUAUUUGAAGGUCGUCGGGAAGCGGCCCGUCGCGCUGGCGCUGGUCCUUGCCACGGCGGCGGUGGGCGCGACGCUCGCCUACUUCGCGUCGCGGCUCGUCCUGCCCUGUGUGGAAAUCAGGCUGAACGCCAUCGAGCAGACGCCAUCACGGGGACAACGUCGCGUCGAUGGCGUGAAGCGUCCGAUUUGAUUUUCACACAGGUCCCACCGUCGGAGCCCGAGGAGUGGUUCCCGCCGCAACACAUGUAUACCAGAGUGCAAGUCCUCGAGACGAACAAGUUCGGCGCGAGCCUCGCGAACACGUUUCCCGACGCGUCGCUGUACUGGGGGCUCGACCACCUGCGCCGGCCCAACUUCGACCGCUAUGAGCCGCACAAACAUAGGGGUAGAGUGUCGUUCUCGGCGCCGAUAGACCUCUACACGGACGACGCGCAGAAUCAAAUUCUGUUCGCGUGCGACGCGCUGCGCAAGGCGCGGGGCGGCAAGCUCGCGCGGCCGGGGUCGGUUGUGUGCUUCAUGGAAGAUUUCCAAGUCUGGCAUGCCGAGAGCUUCGACGGUGCAUCUACGUACGGCCUAGAUAAAGCUACGUUCGACGACCGCCUCAGUAUCUUUCGCACGACCACGGUGCCCCAGAACGACGUCAACCCGAUCGCGUCGUGGGAGCGCAUUAUUGGCUUUUCAGAAGGUGAGUUACGCUUCGUGCGCGUCGCGAGCCGCUUGAACGCUAGACACGACGACUCGCUCGACAAAAAGAAGAAGCUCCUCAAGGCGUUCAAAAAUUUGAUCAAGGACGUCAACGACGAGCCGGGCACCAAAGACCUCGGCGACGACUUGAUCGACUACAGCCUGACCUUCUCGUGGUACGCGACGCAGGUGGCGCUCGUCGACGGCCUGACGUUCGGGUUAGCCCUCGCGUUUCCCGUGGCCUUUGUCGUCCUCUGCUUCGCGACGUCGAAUCUGGUGCUGGCCUUCUACGCGAUGGUGACCAUCGGGUUGAUCGUGGCGUCGGUGCUCGGCACGGUCUACCUCAUCGGCUGGAACCUGGGCAUCAAGGAGUCGGUCGCGGGCGUCGUCGUCAUCGGCUUCAGCGUCGACUACACGAUCCAUCUAGGCCACAUGUUCGACGUCGCCAGGAGCCAAGGCUUAACGACGCGCCAGGAGAAGUUCGCCUACUCCAUCAAAAAGAUGGGCGAGACCGUGCUGGCAGGAGCCAUCACGACGGCCGGCUCGACGGUGUUCCUCCUCGCCUGUCAGUUGACGUUCUUCACGGCGAUGGGUACCUUGAUCAUCCUCACGGUUGCUUACUCGCUGGGCUACUCGCUAUUAUUCUUUAUGCCGUUGCUCCGCGUCGCGGGCCCGGAGGGCCGCGUCGGCGACAUCUGCCACUUCCUGAGGGGCCUCAAGUGCGCGUGCUGCCGGCGCGCGUAG